AGCUGAUGAAUUUUUGUAAUCAAUUCUCUAAUCAGUUUUGCAAGUUUUGGUGUUUUUCGACGUUUUUUACGAAAAAGUAUGCAAAGUAUAAACAGUGGACUCGAAUUAAUUAUAAAAUUUGGCUUGGUUUCAACAUUUCCCCAUUUGCCAUUCGUAGGAAACAUUCAACUGAUGAAGUUUUCACAUCUAUCUCUCUGAUAUGGGACGAUAUUGAAUUCGUAUUACACGCAGUGUUUGUUUACUUUUUAAUCGAAAAGUUUGAAAUCGAAACACAAUCAUGGAUGUGAUAUUCAUGUCUCGAAAGUAUUACCUGAAUAUUUUACGAAGAAAUUACGUGAAUAUAAUAUGCAAACCACGCCAAUCGAACCAUUCAACGUUAUCGUCUAGUACGGAUAAACAACUAAUUGCCAAUCAGUUAGAAUCGGUUAAAAGUAAAGUGUAUGAUUUUAUGAAAUGGUACGAACAGUUGACCGGUAUCGAUGAGAUACGAAUAGCUCAGAAUAAAGUUAUCGAAGCUCAAGAUAGAUUCGCAGCAGCUCAGGAAAAACGACGAGAGGUUACUUUAGAAUUGAAUGAUGUUAAGAAUAAGAUUAAAGAUUUACAAGAAGAGUUGUCUUCCACUUCCAGAGGAGAAGAAAGGUAUAUUACGUUGAUUACCAAAGAACAUAAGUUAUUGAAAGAUGAAAUACGACUGACUGAUAAAUUUAACUUGUACGAAAGAGAAGAACGUGAAUUAUUUACUACUUUAUCGACUGCGGUCAAAGAUAGUCACGAAAGAGAACGAAUUCAAGCCAAUAAAACGAAGUAUUUAUCCAUUAUUGGUUCUAUUGUCGGUGCUUUGAUCGGAAUAGCCGGAUCUACGUUGAAUAAUCGAUCGAAAAUUGUCGAACUAAAAAAGAUGGUGUUACAAUCGACCGAAGAAGGUAAAAAGGAAUUGGAAAGUGUCUGCAAACAACUCGAACAAACUACCAAAACGUUAGUUAUUCCAGCCAAAAUGGAUGACGCUAUAAUUCAAAAACUAAACGAAUUAUCCCAAUCAGUUCAGAAUCUGAAUGUAAACCCAGGGAAAAACAACAAUCUAGAAUUAUCAUUGACUCGAAUCGAGAAAAACGUUAAUUCGUUAGUUCAACAUCACUUAAACGUAUCACCGGAAGUCGCAGAAAGCACAGAGUUACCUUCUACCAACGAUAUAUUUACUUUAAGUAAUAUUAAAGAUGAUAUUUCCUACGCUGUAAUUUCCUGUUUCUCGGUGUACUUUUUGUACAAGUUACUUUUCUCGUAGUUGUUCUCAUCAAUCGUUCCAUAAUCGCAUUUCUGUGAUAUUUUAUAAAGAACGAGACAUUUUUGUGACGUAGCUGCAUUUAAUAUUAUAUGUAAUUUAAAUAAUAAAAAAAUGCAUCAACGAUUGUAUACCAUUCGUAGAGUUUUUAGGUGAUGAAAUGAUUCCAGUACAGAUGGAAAUUGUGUUAUUAUGUCAUAGAACGAAGAGUAUUUAUAAUAAAGUAUUUCUUAUUUCA